AUGGAAUCUGCCAACUUGCGUCGCAAGGAUACCACCAAGGGUCCCCCGCUACGGAUCCUGUCGUUAGAUGGCGGUGGUGUUCGUGGCUACUCUAUGCUUAUUCUCCUCCAGGAACUUAUGUACCGUACCUACGUUGAAUGCGAAGGAAAACCUCCCCGUCGCGAUCAGAUCCCUAAGCCAUGCGACCACUUCGACUUGAUCGCGGGUACCGGUACGGGCGGCUUGAUUGCCAUCAUGCUCGGUCGGCUUCGCCUGGAUCUCGAGACCUGCAAAGAGGUCUAUGUGCGCAUGACCCGCCGGGUCUUCGAGACCGAUAAGACCAUCGCUGGUAUUCCCUACCGCUCGACUUUAUUCAAGGCAUCGAAGCUCGAGGAGGCAAUUCGGGAAUGUGUGCGGGAACACACAGUGUUCGAGGCGGAGGGGAACGAUACCGGAAAUGCGACUCCCAAUCCCCGCGACUCUAUGGCUAGCUUGCCAUAUAGUCCAGUAUCCCUCCCUCAACGCUCGAUCAGUCGAGGCAGUUUCAGCACCGCGGCUGCUUCGCAUCCGAUGAGUCCGGCAAGCCAAAGAGGCUCGGCUUUUAUUAAUGGGUUACGAUGGGGUAAUCCGAAUGCACUACUUUACGAUAACCGCGAAAACCGCACCAAGACUGCGGUCACUGCUAUGUACAAGGGCACCCCCCGCAAAGGAACAGCCGUCCUCUUACGGUCAUACGAUUCCCGACGGGAACCUCCACCGGAAUUCGAUUGCACAAUUUGGCAAGCAGGGCGUGCCACAUCUGCGACGGGGCUUGCGUUUAAGCCGAUAUUGAUAGGUCAACACUACUUUAUUGAUGAAGGCCACGGCAAAUUCAACCCCGCGCCCCUUAUCCUUGACGAGGCUGUUGUAAAUGAGUGGCCCGGUCGGGAAGUCGGGGUGUUCGUCAGUGUGGGAACUGGAAAGCGCCCAGCUGGUACCAACAACCGACAACAUGAAUGGUGGGAGGAUUUCUUCGGCGACGCUUUGGGCACAUUCGCUGAAGCGCGGCGGCGAUUGAUUGCCAAAAUUGAGGGUUGCGAGGAUAUCCACCAAGAGAUGCUCCGAGAUCAUCUGGCCAAACGUAAUGUCAGCAAGGACAACUAUUUCCGCCUGAACGUCGAAGUUGGAGUUGGCGAGUUUGGUAUGAAUGAAUGGAACCGGCUGGCUGAUAUCAGCACCAACACACGCCAGUAUCUGGCCAAGCCCGAAGUCAAGAAGAUGAUUUUGGACGCGGGUGUUCGAUUCGCUAAGAUUGAUCGGAUGAACCGCCGUCUGGCGAGCCAUGCCGCAGCUGGCGGUGAUCGCGACGACCUGUCCUUCGAUCUUGCAACUGAAGAGCUUUCUAUUUCGCCUCCCCCGCUCGAUCGUCAUAUGUUCCACCUCCUGCACACCACGCCGUCGAACUACCUGCAGAAAGACUCGCUUCCGGCGCAUCCAACACCGCAGGAGAGCAUUCCUACUUCUCCGCAUCGGGUAUCCAACGACUACCGUCGAAGUCAUGAGCAUUCCCGACCGAGCUCGCAACAGCAGGCAUCGCCCACGCAUGAGUACCCUACAACAUUCAACGGCAUGCCGCCACCAGUGCCGCCCAAGACACCGAUCCCCUACCCAGCUCAGGAAGAGAGUGGUGUCGCUAUGCCCGCACCACUAUUUUCUCAGCCUUCGUCUAUCUCUUCGCACGGCACGGCGCGACCUCCGUACCCAGUUGAUGAGCCACCGCCAAUGGUUAACCGGCAACGGAAGCCCAGCUACCAUGUGCGGUGA